CCCGGCGUCUGCCCACCAGAAACCUUCGGCCUUUGAAUGGAUAGCUUCUCGUUCAACGUCGCUGCUUUCGCAAUCUCUCGAAUUGUCGCAUUCCAAUUCCUCAUCUCCAGGAGCUUGAUUGCACUCGCUGCGCCAUUUCCUGCAUUCGAGGUUUGCGAAGGUUUGCAAUUCGUUUCCGUGCUAGACUUUGGGAUUAGGUUUUUGGACGGGAAGAGAGAAGGGAGAAGGGCCGAUUGCCGCCGUGGAGAUCAUGGCGGCGGGGUGUUUAGUGCCAGCCGCAGCCGGUAGGAAAGCUGAGUUAUGGCAUUCUGCAUCGUCGUCCUUGUCCCCAACGUCCAUACGCAACAGCUGCUUUGUUUCCAUGUCGAGGAAGGAUACCGACAUGGUGGUGCUAAGGGCAAGUAGGAAGAUAUCCACUCCUCAACAUCUCCAUAACGAGCUGACGCGGCCCUUUGUGGGUAGCAGCAUGCAGAGCUCCUUAGCUGGGGAAGGAAUGUUUUCAACCUGGAGAUCAUUGGAGAGAACACAGGGCCGUGGGCGCCGGGGCGUUGUUACCAUGGUUAUUCCAUUUCAACGGGGAGAUGCUCGGCAGCAGCCACCUCCAGAUUUGCCUUCAUAUUUGUUUAAGAACCGUAUUGUCUUCUUAGCAAUGUCGCUCGUCCCAGCCGUCACCGAGCUCGUAAUGGCUGAGUUGCUGUACUUGCAAUACGAUGACCCAGAGAAAUCCAUAUACAUGUAUAUCAACUCCACGGGUACCACCAAGGAUGGUGAGAAGCUGGGAUAUGAAACCGAAGCGUUUGCCAUAUACGACACUAUGCGCUAUGUGAAACCUCCCAUCUUCACGUUGUGUGUUGGUAAUGCUUGGGGUGAAGCGGCUCUUUUGCUGGCGGCAGGCUCCAAAGGAAAUCGUGCUUGUUUGCCUUCUGCAACAAUCAUGCUCAAGCAGCCAAUUGCCCAAUUCCGGGGUCAAGCGACUGAUAUUGAUAUUGCUCGGAAGGAAGUUCGUAACGUGAAGGAAGAGCUGGUUAAGUUGCUCUCAAGACACACAGGACAGUCUCCUGAGAAGAUUACUGAUGAUAUUAGGCGGCCAAAAUACUUCAAACCGGACGAGGCUGUGGAUUAUGGCAUCAUUGACAAGGUUCUGUAUGCUGAAGGAGACGAGAAGAGGAGUAUAGCUUCGGACCUCAAGAAAGCUCAAUUGAUCUGAUCAACCAUAUGACAGGUAUCUAUCCAUUUGCAAUUUAGACUUUUAGGUAGUUGGCACAUUGAAGCUAGGACUAGUCUGGCCUCUUUCUGUAGAUCUGUAGGAAUUGUAUCUUUAAUGAGCUCCAACAGGAACAUAAUCGAGGCAUGCAAUGUGAAGAAUGCUGAUGUUAAUGAGCACUUUGAGCUGUACAUCGAAUCUUAAUGUAAAAGAUACCUUAGCAUUUCAGACUUUGUCGGUAAA